GCCGAUAACACAACUCAGCUGAUUCUGAUUUGUAUAGAUGGUGCCAAACAAUAAAGUUUAACUUAAAUAAAACUUAGAUUAUUAAAUAUUUAAAUCAAAUUAGAGCUCGAAGAUGACGCUUCAGUGUCGAACCUGCGGCACUGUUAUUUACAAUACAAAGGCCAAGAAUCUAUUCAACGUUGAGAACGCCAAUCUGUUGCUGAACAUCGAACUUGUUUCGGGCAUUCCGCUCGAAAAUGAUCCCGACUUGCCGAGUUGCAUAUGCGCCUGCUGCAUUUUAGAAUUAAACCAGGCGGUGGCCUUCAGGGAACGUUGUAUUCAAACGCAGAAAGGCUUUCAGCAGCAAAAAAUCGCAUCCUCGGGUGAGAACUCAGAGGAGGAUGACGAAUAUGCCUUAGAAGUAAUGGAUGAGUUAAACGAGGAUGACCAAGCACCAAUUAUAAAAGCCGAAGUACUAGACGAUUCCUUUGAUGAGGAGGAGGAUGAAUUUUUCGAAAUGCUCCCUAGUUCAGAAAUUCCAGACGACGAUGUAGCAUCGGAAGAUGCAGAUACUCUGAUCUCAAGUGUCCAAAGGGAAAUGGGAAGUAUAUGCGAAGGAAGCGAUGACUUUAAGGGGUUCACUAGCGAUACGGAUGAAAUCUACGACAUUGAAGAUGGCAACGAUACAGAUUAUACAGAUAACUCCUUAUCGAAAAAUGUACCUCCCGUUGUGGAACGUAGACCUCGUGGGCGUCCAAAGCGCGGCACCGCGAAACCGAAAUCCAGCAACGACGAGGAGCCCAAGCAUAAGAAGCAGUAUGUGACCUGGAAAAAUUUGACGGAGGAGGAGAUUGUUGAGCGAAAGAGGCAGCAGCGACGUCGCGAUUGUGUCUGCGAGCAGUGCGGUCGGAAGUUUACGGAUCAGAGCAACUUCAAGUUGCACAUGCUCCGUCACACGGGCAUCAAGAAUUUUGCAUGUAAAGAGUGCGGAAAGACGUUCUACACUGAUCAUUUGCUGUCCCUGCAUCAACGGAUCGUGCACCAGGGUGAAAAGCCCUACUCCUGCCGGUACUGUCCUAAAUCCUUUCACAACAGCACCACCCGCGUUAUCCACGAAAGAAUUCAUACAAACGCCCGACCCUAUCAGUGUAAACAUUGCGAGAAAUCCUUCAGCUCGGCAUCUGGACGAAAACGGCACGAACUUAUACACACUGGUGUGAGAGCUUUUUCCUGCGAAAUCUGUGACCACACGUUCCAGCGCAAAACUCAUCUAAAAGCCCACUUGCGAUCCAAAAUGCACUUAUUAAGAAUGGAAUCUUCUAACGAUUUGCCCUUAGAGCUCGAAUAAAUAGGUUAAUCUAUAAGAUUUAUUUAUUAUUAGUUUCUGUUGAGCAAAUGUAAAGGAGUAUUUUUGUGGAAUCGUAUUGUGAAAUACUGCAGAGUACUUAACUAUUCCCACAGAAGAAAGUUUUUUGUAUUUUAUAAAUACACUUUUAGCUAGAUAACCCCUCAACAAUAGUAUUUUUUUUUAACUUGUCUUUUACAAACUUAAAAACUUUUACAAAUCCUGUUCUACAAAUUCUGUUAAAUAAGUUUGGUAA